AUGGUCCUAGAUUGGAGCGCCCUCGCCCCUGGUCCAUCCGGAACAGCCAUGCUAGGCGAAAGUGGAAUCGAAGGCGCCGCCCGACGUGGACGGGAGCGGUUGCGACGCGAGGAGGAGCAGCGGGCUCUUAAGAAUAAGGAUAAGUGGAGAGGGGAUGGUGCAUUUACUAGUGAUCCGGCUUCAGAUGUUACUUUGGUUCCAGGGGGACAAUUGAAUGGUCUCUCUUCGGAAUGUACAUCUAAUCGGCGGACUGAUGAGGAGAUGAGGGCCGAGGCCCAGCGAAGGACUGGCGAGACGAUAUCUGGCGGUUUGAAGGGGAAAUUGGGGAGGCUUAAGAAGACUUUGACUGGUUGA